ACGAAACGCGAAUGGAGCAGUUUGUUUACACCUACCACGACCUCCUCUUUACACUCAGCCGCUGCAGAGAAGGCACGUCCCGGCCGCUCGCACCGUCACCGUGUGCAGGUUUUCCGCGUCAGUCGCCCUUCUUGUCCUGAAUAACCGACCUAUCCACCCUAAGUUUAUGGUUUACGCUUCGAAGAACUGCUACUGGACGAAGAACCGCGUCUCAUCACCAUGUCGGCCGUUUGCGCUGCGGCUGAACGAGCAUCGGCGGCCGAGACGAUGUACUCUUUCACAACUUCCCACAUGUGAAAAAACAACCUCCUCAGUGGAUCGCUGCUGUGAAAUGAAGUAAUUUCAAGCCUUCGAUUACCACUGUUCUCUGCUCAAAACAUUUUCGUGACGGUGACUACCAUCAGAGUUACGCUAAUGCAAGCAAUGGGAUCUCCGGUGAAAUCUACUCCACUAAGGCCUGGCGUGGUGCCGUCAAUGUUCGUUUACGAACGGAACGAAUCGCAGGCACCGAGAGCAGCAUUCUCGAUGAGGCGAAAACAUGAGGAUGACUGUGCAGCAGAUUCAGUACGCAAGGCAGCACUGGGUCUGGCUUGUGAGUCGGGAGAAGCUGUAGACACAUCACCAGACUUGGCGUGUGAGCCGGCCCAUGGCGCAAAUAAAUCCGUUCAAGUGGGACUACCAACCUGCCACAAAGCAUCACAGGCAAUUGUAAAGAAAAUUCUGUCAUCAAUUGCUACACAAACAGAACCACAUGCUGUUUCUUCAGGCUCCUUGUCCUUUGCGUCUUUGGAUCAGUCUUCUUCAAUGGCGUCUGUACGAGCCCUUCUUCAUUCCUGCCAGCAGUGCACCUAUGUGUCCUUGGAUAAGUCGACUAUGGACAGACACCUUCGGAAACACAUGGGCGAGCCCCCCUUACAGUGCCACUUGUGUCCAGCUGCAUUCAUUCACAAGUCCAAGCUGCUGACUCACAUGCGCACCCACACAGGAGAGCGGCCCUUCUCCUGUGUCCACUGCAGUGCGUCCUUUGUGACAAAAAGCAACCUCGUGAGACAUAUCCGUAUGCAGACAGGAGAGCGGCCCUUUUCCUGUGUUCACUGCAAUGCAUCCUUUUUUUUAAAAUCAACCUCAUUGAACACAUGCGCCGUCACACAGGAGAGCGUCCGUUUUCGUGUGUUCACUGCAGUGCAUCCUUUUCGAUCAGAUGCAACCUCACUAGCCAUAUCCGCACGCACACAGGAGAACGUCCCUUUUCCUGUGUCCACUGCAGUGCGUCCUUUGUGCAGAGAAACGGCCUUGUGA